AUGGUGGAUUCAACUAGUGUCUCAACAUUAAAACACCAAGUUCACAUCCUCCGUUAUGAUUUAGCGGAGAAGAAAGCAUUGCUAGCCACUGUUCAAAAAAAACUCAACAGGCACCGACCACAGUACCAGUCACCUGGCAACGGUGACCUAACUGGCACCGCCAUAAUGACUCAAGAAUCAACCACUGGCAAGGUGAUUGGUAAUUUACGGCAUGAGAUUGAAUCUUUAAAAAAGGAGGUGGCCGACGCAAAAACCCAGAUUCACAUCUGCAAAGUGGCCAGGGAUCGCGCUGAUCGCCAAGUGCAGGAUCAUGCGGCCUCUCAUCAGACUUUGCAAUUGGAGAUUGAAUCGUUGAAAGGUAUGUUAGAACGGAAAGAACGACAAGUACGGGAGUUGGAGGAAUCAACAAAAAGUCGAGAACAAAAGAAAACUGAUAUGAGAACGGAACGAGAUGAAUCUAACACAAAAUUAAAACAAUCUGAAAUACGAGCAGUUGAGCUGCAAAAACAAUUGAUCGAAGCAUUAGCGUGCAGAGAACAAGCUGAGAUGCAAUAUAAAAUCCUGAGCAGUGAAAUGGAAUCAUUUAAAAAACGAUAUGUGGACGAUGUCGAAUUGAUAAAACGAGAGUACAAAGAGCUACGAGAGGAAAUGAGCUUGACCGCAAAAGAAUUACAACAUACGGUAGUUAAUGCAGAAUCUCAAAUAGUGGAAAUGACGGAGAAAAGGCAAAAGGGGAUUGAGGAGUUGAGUGGUAUACAUCAACAAUUGAAGGUACAUCAUGAGAAAUCGACCGAGAAAUUGACGAAAGAAAUCGAAGAAAUGAAAGUGGAAAUCGAAAAUUCGAAUAAGAAAACCAGUGAACAUGCCACAAAGGUGGCCUAUAUAAACCAUGAAUUGACGGUCAAGCUGAAAUGGAUGAAGAAUGCUUGA